AGGAUCAAAUAAGGUGUAUGUGUAUUGGGUGGGGAAAGGCAGUACUAUCAUAUGUGGCCACGAGGUGGCAGCAGGGAGAGGCAAAGAGAAACUUUCCUGUCUGGCAGGUGCCCCUGAGGGGCUGGCAGUAGGCAGACAUGGAUGGGUUGUGAGAGGAGGUGGGCCCUAUAUUGCAGCGUCUCCUUUCCCCUGUGGAGUCUGUUAUUGCAGGCUAAUCCCCUGUGACCACCUGUCUCAUUACCAGAUCUUUAUAGACACUUUGCUUUUGCCAAAUUUGGCCAGCAGAAAUUGCAUCAGUGUGACCUUGGCCAGGCUGGGGCUGGUGGUAAUGUACCACAUGGGUGAAUAUGGAAGGCAAGGGAUGUCACCUGCAGAGAGACGCUUACUCAAAGGACACAGCUGCAUGUUGAAAGGAGGGCCUCCCAUCUCCCGCUGCCAGGUUUAUGGUUCCAGGUGCUCUUGAAUCAAGCCUGCUCAUCAUAAGAAGAUCAGUACCCUGGCCUGUCCCGCUCCAAGCCUGCUAAAGCUCAGAAUAACCCUGAGGACCAGACAGCAGGAUGGCAGGGGUUCUGCUCAGCGUCCUGUUCCUCUUACAGCUCCUCGGCAGAGGUGAGGGGAAGAAUGAGGAGUUGCAUCUUUAUCACCAUCUCUUUAACAACUAUGACCCAGGACAACGGCCAGUGACGGGGCCUGAGGACACUGUCACCAUUACCCUCAAGGUCACCCUGACCAACCUCAUCUCACUGAACGAGAAAGAGGAGACCCUCACCACCAGCGUCUGGAUUGGAAUCGAUUGGCAUGAUUACCGACUCAACUACAGCAAGGACGACUUUGGGGGCAUACAAAUCCUGCGGGUCCCUGCAAAUCUCGUGUGGCUACCAGAGAUUGUGCUGGAAAACAAUAUUGAUGGCCAAUUCGGCGUUGCCUACGAUGCCAACGUGCUGGUCCAAGAGGGUGGCUACGUGAGCUGGUUGCCCCCGGCUAUUUACCGCAGCACCUGCGCCGUGGAAGUUACGUACUUCCCCUUCGACUGGCAGAACUGCUCACUCGUUUUCCGCUCUCAGACGUACAAUGCUGAAGAGGUGGAGUUCGUAUUUGCUGUGGACGACGGUGGCGAGGCCAUCAGCAAGAUCGAUAUCGACACCGAGGCUUAUACUGAGAACGGCGAGUGGGCCAUUGACUUCUGCCCCGGUGUGAUCCGUCGCCACGACGGUGUCUCUCCUGAUGGUCCAGGAGACACAGACAUCAUCUACACGCUCAUCAUUCGUCGGAAGCCACUCUUCUACGUCAUUAACAUCAUUGUGCCCUGCGUGCUCAUCUCAGGCCUGGUGCUGCUCGCCUACUUCCUGCCAGCGCAGGCCGGAGGCCAGAAAUGCACCGUCUCCAUCAACGUCCUGCUCGCCCAGACGGUCUUCUUGUUCCUGAUUGCCCAGAAAAUCCCAGAGACGUCUCUGAGCGUGCCGCUGCUGGGCAGGUACCUCAUUUUCGUCAUGGUGGUUGCCACGCUUAUUGUUAUGAAUUGCGUCAUCGUGCUCAACGUGUCUUUACGGACGCCCACCACUCACGCUACGUCCCCGCGACUGCGCCACGUCUUGUUGGAUUUGCUGCCGCGCCUCCUGGGCUCGGGCGCGCCCCCGGAUGCUCCGCGCGCCGCCUCGCCCCCUAGACGGGCGUCGUCGGUGGGUAUAUUGCUCCGUGCGGAGGAGCUGAUACUGAAAAAGCCGCGGAGCGAGCUGGUGUUCGAAGGGCAGAGGCACCGGCACGGGACCUGGACUGCUGCCCUCUGCCAGAGCCUGGGCGCCGCCGCCCCCGAAAUCCGCUGCUGUGUGGACGCCGUGAACUUCGUGGCCGAGAGCACGCGAGACCAGGAGGCCACCGGCGAGGAGCUGUCCGACUGGGUGCGCAUGGGGAAGGCCCUUGACAACAUCUGCUUCUGGGCUGCUCUGGUGCUCUUCAGUGUGGGCUCCAGCCUUAUCUUCCUCGGGGGCUACUUCAACCAAGUGCCCAAACUGCCCUUCCCGCCGUGUAUGUAGACCUGAGCCCAUGGCUCCAAUGAUUUCAACUUCCCACCUAUCUCCACGGGGAAAUAGAUUUUGAACAACACGCUGCUGCCACUGCUAUAUUAUGAUCCUUCCCCACUACCGAUAAUAAAGCUGUAUUUUGUAAACA